GCCGCAACGCCGGCCUUUCCCAAUCCUCGGCCGCGCUAGGCCCGAGCGCCGCGCUCGAGUUUGAGGGCGGCGGGCGGCGCGGCCUCCUCGUCGGCAGCUCGGGACAGGCUAUGGGGCGCGGGUAGCGGCGCGGCGCUCAGCGGUCGGAGCGAGCGGCCCGGGAGCGGGAGCGGCCUUGGGCCUGCGCGGGAGGCGCUGCCAUGGCCAAGUCCGGCGGUGCGGGCGGCGACGGGACCCUGACCUGGGUGAACAAUGCUGCAAAAAAAGAAGAGUCAGAAACGGCGAACAGGAGUGACGCUUCAAAGAAGCUGUCUGUCGAGAGAGUGUACCAGAAGAAGACACAGCUGGAGCACAUUCUUCUUCGUCCUGACACAUACAUUGGAUCAGUGGAGCCACUGACACAGUCAAUGUGGGUGUAUGAUGAAGAUGUAGGGAUGAACUGCAGAGAAGUCACCUUUGUUCCAGGGUUGUACAAGAUCUUUGAUGAAAUUCUGGUUAAUGCUGCAGACAAUAAGCAGAGGGACAAGAACAUGACCUGCAUUAAGGUUUCUAUUGAUCCUGAAUCUAACAUCAUCAGCAUUUGGAAUAAUGGGAAAGGCAUUCCAGUAGUGGAGCACAGGGUAGAGAAAGUUUAUGUUCCCGCUCUGAUCUUUGGACAGCUUUUAACAUCCAGUAACUAUGAUGAUGAUGAGAAAAAAGUUACAGGUGGCCGCAACGGUUAUGGUGCAAAACUUUGUAAUAUUUUUAGUACAAAGUUUACAGUAGAAACAGCUUGUAAGGAGUACAAACAUAGCUUUAAGCAGACAUGGAUGAAUAAUAUGAUGAAGACUUCUGAAGCCAAAAUCAAGCAUUUUGAUGGUGAAGAUUACACAUGCAUAACAUUCCAACCAGACCUGUCCAAGUUUAAGAUGGAGAAACUUGACAAGGACAUCGUAGCCCUCAUGACCAGAAGAGCAUAUGACUUGGCUGGUUCCUGUAAAGGUGUCAAAGUCAUGUUCAAUGGGAAAAAGCUGCCUGUAAAUGGAUUUCGAAGUUACGUAGACCUGUAUGUGAAAGACAAAUUGGAUGAAACUGGGGUAGCCCUGAAAGUUAUUCAUGAACUUGCAAAUGAGAGAUGGGAUGUUUGUCUCACUUUGAGUGAGAAAGGAUUCCAGCAGAUCAGCUUCGUGAAUAGCAUUGCAACCACAAAAGGUGGACGGCAUGUGGAUUAUGUGGUAGAUCAGGUUGUUGGUAAACUGAUUGAAGUCGUGAAGAAGAAGAACAAAGCUGGUGUGUCGGUGAAGCCGUUUCAGGUCAAAAACCAUAUAUGGGUUUUUAUUAAUUGUCUCAUUGAAAAUCCAACCUUUGAUUCUCAGACUAAGGAAAACAUGACUCUGCAGCCCAAAAGUUUUGGGUCCAAAUGCCAACUCUCAGAAAAAUUUUUUAAAGCAGCCUCUAAUUGUGGCAUUGUAGAAAGUAUAUUGAACUGGGUGAAGUUUAAGGCUCAAACUCAGCUGAAUAAGAAGUGUUCAUCAGUGAAAUACAGUAAAAUCAAAGGCAUUCCCAAACUGGAUGAUGCCAAUGAUGCUGGUGGCAAACAUUCCCUGGAAUGUACACUGAUAUUAACAGAGGGGGACUCGGCCAAAUCGCUAGCUGUGUCUGGAUUAGGUGUGAUCGGGAGAGACAGAUACGGAGUCUUCCCACUCAGGGGUAAAAUUCUCAAUGUCCGAGAAGCUUCUCAUAAACAGAUCAUGGAAAAUGCAGAAAUAAACAACAUUAUUAAAAUAGUUGGUUUGCAAUACAAAAAAAGUUAUGAUGACGCAGAAUCCCUGAAAACCUUGCGUUAUGGGAAGAUUAUGAUCAUGACUGAUCAGGAUCAGGAUGGUUCUCACAUCAAAGGCCUGCUUAUUAAUUUUAUCCAUCAUAACUGGCCAUCACUUUUGAAGCACGGCUUUCUUGAAGAGUUCAUCACUCCCAUUGUCAAGGCAAGCAAAAAUAAGCAGGAACUUUCCUUUUAUAGUAUUCCUGAGUUUGAUGAGUGGAGAAAGCACAUAGAAAACCAGAAAGCCUGGAAGAUAAAAUAUUACAAAGGAUUAGGUACCAGUACAGCUAAAGAAGCAAAGGAAUAUUUUGCUGAUAUGGAAAGGCAUCGCAUUUUGUUUAGAUAUGCGGGUCCCGAAGAUGAUGCUGCCAUUACCUUGGCUUUUAGUAAGAAGAAGAUUGAUGACAGAAAAGAGUGGCUAACAAACUUUAUGGAGGACCGGAGACAGCGUAGGUUACACGGCCUACCAGAGCAAUUUCUAUAUGGUACAGCAACAAAGCAUUUGACUUACAAUGAUUUCAUCAACAAAGAAUUGAUUCUCUUCUCAAACUCAGAUAAUGAGCGAUCUAUACCAUCUCUUGUGGAUGGCUUUAAACCAGGCCAACGAAAAGUUUUGUUCACCUGUUUCAAGAGGAAUGAUAAACGUGAAGUCAAAGUCGCCCAGCUAGCUGGAUCUGUUGCUGAAAUGUCUGCUUAUCAUCAUGGAGAACAAGCCUUGAUGAUGACGAUUGUGAAUCUGGCCCAGAACUUUGUGGGAAGUAACAACAUUAACUUGCUCCAGCCCAUCGGUCAGUUUGGAACUCGGCUUCAUGGUGGCAAAGAUGCUGCGAGCCCUCGUUACAUUUUCACAAUGUUAAGCUCCCUAGCAAGACUACUUUUUCCAGCUGUGGAUGAUAACUUGCUUAAGUUCCUUUAUGAUGAUAAUCAGCGUGUUGAGCCCGAGUGGUACAUCCCCAUCAUCCCCAUGGUUUUGAUUAAUGGUGCCGAGGGCAUUGGGACGGGAUGGGCUUGUAAGCUGCCCAACUAUGACGCCAGAGAGAUUGUGAACAAUGUCAGACGGAUGCUGGAAGGGCUGGAGCCCCAUCCAAUGCUUCCAAACUAUAAGAACUUCAAAGGCACCAUCCAGGAACUUGGUCAGAACCAGUAUGCUGUCAGUGGUGAGAUAUUUGUGGUGGAUAGAAACACAGUAGAAAUUACGGAGCUUCCUGUCAGAACGUGGACACAGGUGUACAAGGAGCAGGUUCUAGAACCUAUGCUAAAUGGAACAGAUAAAACCCCCGCACUAAUUUCUGAUUACAAGGAGUAUCAUACUGACACAACUGUGAAAUUUGUGGUGAAAAUGACGGAGGAGAAGCUUGCACAAGCAGAAGCUGCUGGGCUGCAUAAAGUUUUUAAACUUCAAACUACUCUCACUUGCAAUUCCAUGGUACUCUUUGACCAUAUGGGAUGUCUGAAGAAGUAUGAAACUGUGCAAGACAUUCUGAAAGAAUUCUUUGAUUUACGGUUAAGUUAUUAUGGUUUGCGGAAAGAAUGGCUCGUAGGAAUGUUGGGAGCAGAAUCUACAAAGCUUAACAAUCAAGCCCGUUUCAUUUUAGAGAAGAUACAAGGGAAAAUUACAAUAGAGAAUAGGUCAAAGAAAGAUUUGAUUCAAAUGUUAGUCCAGAGAGGUUAUGAAUCUGACCCAGUGAAAGCGUGGAAAGAAGCACAAGAAAAGGCAGCGGAAGAGGAAGACACACAAAACCAGCAUGAUGAUGGUUCCUCUGACUCGGGAGCUCCCUCAGGCCCUGAUUUUAAUUAUAUUUUAAAUAUGUCUCUGUGGUGUCUUACUAAAGAAAAAGUUGAAGAACUCAUUAAACAGAGAGAUACAAAAGGGCGAGAGGUCAAUGAUCUCAAACGAAAAUCUCCUUCAGAUCUUUGGAAAGAAGAUUUAGCAGCAUUUGUUGAAGAAUUGGAUAAAGUGGAAGCACAAGAACGAGAAGAUAUUCUGGCAGGAAUGUCUGGAAAAGCAAUAAAAGGUAAAGUCGGCAAACCUAAGGUGAAGAAGCUCCAGUUGGAGGAGACGAUGCCCUCACCGUAUGGGAGGAGAAUUGUUCCUGAGAUUACAGCUAUGAAGGCAGACGCCAGCAGAAAGUUGCUGAAGAAGAAGAAGGGUGAUUCUGAUACCACAGUAGUAAAAGUAGAAUUUGAUGAGGAAUUCAGUGGAGCACCAGUAGAAGGUGCAGGAGAAGAGGCAAUGACCCCAUCAGCUCCUGUAAAUAAAGGUCCCAAAGCCAAAAGGGAGAGAAAGGAGCCUGGGACCAGGGUUAGGAAAACACCUGCGUCAUCUGGUAAACCUAGUGCGAAGAAAGUGAAGAAACGAAACCCUUGGUCAGAUGAUGAGUCCAAGUCAGAGAGCGACUUGGAAGAAACGGAGCCUGUGGUGAUUCCAAGAGACUCUUUGCUUAGGAGAGCAGCUGCUGAAAGACCCAAGUACACGUUUGAUUUCUCAGAAGAGGAGGACGAUGAUGCUGAUGAUGAUGACGACAAUAAUGACCUAGAAGAACUGAAAGUUAAAGCAUCUCCCAUAACAAACGAUGGGGAGGAUGAAUUUGUUCCUUCAGAUGGCUUAGAUAAAGACGAGUAUUCAUUUUCUCCAGGCAAAUCAAAAGCUACUCCAGAAAAAUCUUCACAUGAUAAAAAAAGUCAGGAUUUUGGGACUCUCUUCUCAUUUCCUUCGUAUUCGCAGAAGUCGGAAGACGAUUCAGCUAAAUUUGACAGUAAUGAAGAAGAUGCUGCUUCUGUGUUUGUACCAUCAUUUGGUCUGAAACAAACAGACAAAGUUCCAAGUACGACAGCAGCUGCUAAAAAGGGUAAACCACCUUCAGAUACAGCCCCGAAGGCCAAGAGAGCUCCCAAGCAGAAGAAAGUUGUAGAAACUGUGAACUCGGACUCAGACUCUGAAUUUGGCAUCCCAAAGAAGACCACGGCACCCAAAGGUAAAGGCCGAGGGGCAAAGAAAAGGAAAGCAUCUGGCUCUGAAAAUGAAGGUGACUAUAAUCCCGGCAGAAAAACGUCCAGAACAACCAGCAAGAAACCGAAGAAAACAUCUUUUGAUCAGGAUUCAGAGGUAGACAUGUUCCCUUCAGACUUCACUUCUGAACCACCCACUCUGCCGAGGACUGGUCGGGCUCGGAAAGAAGUAAAAUACUUUGCAGAGUCUGAUGAGGAAGAAGAUGUCGAUUUUGCAAUGUUUGAUUAAGUGCCCCAAGAGCACGAACAUUUUCAACAAUAUCUUGUGUUGUCCUUUGUCUUGUCUCAGACUUUUGUACAUCUGGCUUAUUUUAAUGUGAUGAAGUAAUUGAUGGUUUUUUAUUACUGUGGUAGGCCUUUUAACAUUUUGUUCUUACAUACAGUUUUAUGCUCUUUUUUACUCAUUGAAAUGUCAUGUGCUGUCUGAUUGGCUUGUAGAAUUGUUAUAGACUGCUGUGCGUUAGCACAGAUUUUAAUUGUCCUGGUUGCAGACUACAGACCUGCUUUUUGAAAUGAAAUUUAAACAUUAAAAAUGGAAC